UACCCACUUCGCACGUGUUGCGCUACCUUAAUAGUUCCGAGAAUUCUCCACUGAAGUACAGAACUGGUGGUGCUAGGCUGCUAGCACCAGCAUCUAGCAUUUGCCCUGUUCCCACUCAUUCGGUCGUUUAAAUCUGGUACGACAUAUUACGCGCCAUAACAGCGCUUGGAUGAUUCCACGCGUCACUUGGCCAACGUGAGCCCUGCCAGGAAUACCGGAAGUGUGGUUGCUUCGUCUUCGCACAUUAAAUCUCAUACCUAAGGCAUUCCUUGCACAUGUGUCAUGCCGAAGCCCGAGUCUCGCCAGCAGCAGCCAUCCGCCAUGGUAGACAAAGUGCCCAUUCUUGUCGCCAGCCUCGUGGUUGGCGUGCCCUUGGCCGUUUACAGUCUCUUCCUCGGCUUGGCCUCCAUACCCUAUUUCCAGCGCAAUUUCCUCUAUGCACACAAGGUCCACAGCCUUUGGUGGGGAGACGUCAACGAGCCCGAGCAAUGGGGUUUUGCCAAGAACCAAGUAACCCCGUUUCACCUCACCACGGCCGACGGUCAAACCCUGUACGCAUGGCACGUCCUUCCCCUCUCUGUCUACGCCGAGCACGAAGCCAAGCUCUCCUCCCAACCAAGCGGGCUAGUCAGCGACAUAACCACCACCGAAAAUUUCCGCCUCCUCCGUGACGACCCUUCAGCGAAACUCAUCGUCACCUUCCACGGCAACGCCGCGCAACUAACCCAAGGCUUCCGUCCGGCCCACUACCACUCCCUCACCUCCUUGCACAGCCCCUACCACGUGCUAGCCAUCGACUACCGCGGCUUCGGCCUCAGCACGGGCUCCCCGACCGAGCACGGUCUCAUUCUCGACGCCGAAGCGGCCGUCCACUGGGCGGUGCACACGGCCGGCAUCCCGCCGUCGCGCAUCGCGCUGGUGGGCCACAGCCUGGGCACGGCCGUGGCGUCGGCCGCGAGCGAGCUGUUCACGCUGCACGGCGGGAUGGACUUUGCCGGGGUCGUGCUGGUGGCCGCGUUCAGCUCGCUGCCCGAGAUGCUGAGCGGGUACGCCAUUGCCGGGUGGGUGCCCGUGCUGAGGCCGCUGACGUGGUGGCCUUGGCUGUUGAGGGUUGUGAUGGGCCAGGUGGUGGAUAAGUGGGAUAGUGCGGGGCGAUGGAGGGAAACUGUCAGGGCGGUCCGGGGGAGGGGCGGGAGGUUGAGGUUGAGUCUAGUGCAUGCGCGAAAUGAUUGGGAUAUUCCGUCUCAUGAGGAUGAUAAGUUGUUUAAGGCGGCUGUCGAGGGGUUGGGCGGAAAUUGGACCGUCGGAGAGCAGUUUGAGGCGGAAAAGAAGAAGAGGAUGGUGAUGAGAGGAAAGGACUCGUUCGUGGCAACGUGGCGCGAGGGUGAUGUGGUGAUUCGGCAAGAAAUGUUACCCCACGGAGGUUUGUGUUUGCCCCCUAAUUUGCUCGAGAACAACCUGGCAGAAUUGACAGUAGCAGGGCACAAUUCGGUUUUAACCUACACCCCAGUGCUGCUCGCUAUUAUGACGUGCUUUGGUUCAGAUGAUGGGCCAGCCGUUUGAGGGGAUAUGGGCGGGAUGCCCCUGAAAUUGUUGCAGACCAGGGCCGACGCUGAACAUUUUGAAGAGAGAGAGGUCCGUGUCAUGAAGGUUAGCGGGAUUUCAGGCUCAACGUGGGAAUCAACGGAGUCAGGGUGCUAUUCAACUACAUAAGGUA